AUGGCAUACGAUAGAGAUCUAUCGGAGCCCUCCGGAGAAAAAACAGCUCCGUCGACAGAACGGGAAUGGCGUCUAUUCGAGCGUCAGUAUGGACGUUGGCUAAAGGACAACGCUUAUACGAUAUCUGCUGAAGAAGGAAAACUAUUUAAGAGCGCAACGUACACCUGUUUCGGGGCGGGAUUAUGCGGCGGCAUUGUCACGAGUUUGGCUCUGAACAGGUCAAAGGUGAUCAGCCGCGUGGCCACUCGCCGAGUAUUAUCCGCAUUCGUUGCUUUGUACUCUACCGCUAUAUGCAUAAAUCGUAAGCGCAGAUCUGUAUAUACUGAAUUGCUAAAUUCGCCGGGCCGUUUAGGAAAUGCAGCCCGCCAUAUUCUUAUCGAAACACAAGACCACUUAGCAACGCCCGCUGAAACCAAAACACGUACGGAGGAUCUAUUUGCAAAUAAAUCGUCCGUAUUGGACCGCAUCGGCGAUUAUGAACCUCCCGAGAAAGUACACCCAGGUCGCAUGGAGGUCUUAGAUCCCCAUUCAAAUGAGUAA